AUGGAUUCAGACGAGCAAUAUGAUGUUCCUUUGGCUAGAUUGUUGAAGAAAGGCUUCGUUUUAAAUGUUGCUUCUACAAAAUCUGUUAAUCCUAUCAUAUCUGCUCGUUCUCAAGAAAGUUCUUCUUCUGAAGAUGUUUUUAUUCCUACACCUGGUCUUUACCAUGCGUCUGAUCAAGAACCUGGUCCUUCGCAACAUUCACCACCGAUUAGGUCAUCAUUUUUAGUUGAUAAUGAGGAAAGGAAUGAUGUUCCUACUGUUGAGACUCCUAUUGAUGAUGAAAAUGUUGACCCUACUAACACUGAUGCAACCAAUAUUGUUGAACCAGAUGUUUAUGAUGAUUUUCAACUUGAGACUCAACAAUCUCCUGGAGUAUCUAGGCCAAAAGGAAAGAAAUUUCAGCAAAAUCGACGAAACAUUACCACCAAGACUGGAAGGAAGAAGAUUCCUCUGAACAUUCCAUCUGUUCCCAUUGAUGGAAUCUCUUUUCACCUUGAAGAAAAUGUUCAACGAUGGAAAUAUGUUGUGUGGCGAAGGAUUGUCGAUGAGUUGAUUAGGGAAUUCAUUGUAAAUCUGUCGUCUGAUUUUAACGAUCCUAGUAGUCCUGACUACCAAACAGUUCACAUUCGGGGCUUAAAAUUCAAGAUUUCUCUUGCAGUAAUUAAUGAGUUCUUGGGUAAUAAUAUUGAACCUGAUUGCUCACCAUCUAACCCGUCAAAUGAAGUUUUGGUGUUUGUGCUGUCUGGAGGGACACUAUCUUCUUGGCCUGUGAAUGGAAUUUCUGCGGUUACUCUAAGUGUUAAAUAUGUCAUUCUUCAUAAGAUUGGUAUUGCCAACUGGUUCACGUCUUCACACGCUUCCAGUGUUUCUAUUGCUUUGAGGACAUUUCUAUAUCAGAUAUGCAAUGACGAUACUGUAGAUACAUGCUCAUUUAUAUAUAAUCAGCUUCUAAGGCAUGUGGGAACGUUUGGUGUUAAAAUACCUAUUGCUUUACCGUGGUUUUUCUUUGUUUUAUUACUUCAUCUGAAUGCUGCUGUUUUAACAACAACUGAUGCCCUUGAACUUGAACCAAAGAUCUUAUCCCUGAGUUACAGACUAUUUCAGGGUAGUCAUGUGCCAGAUAUAGAACAUGACAUGCGUCCCUCACGAACUCCUGGCAUGUUUGACACAGAUGAUUGGGAUGAGAGUGCUGAUGGCUUCUUUGUUAAUCGAGACUUAGCUUCCAAAAUCGUGAAUACAUUUACUGUUGAGUCUCGAGCUCUCUCUGAUUCUAUUAAUUUGUUAACUGAAUGA